AUGUCGCAUGGAGACUUGAAGCCCUCGGCUUCCACACCAACAUUGGUCACAACUCCACCACGAUCUCAGGCGGGCGACAACACCCAUGAACACCACGACAAAACGGCCAAGCACAACGGAUGGCACGACAUGCCCGAAGUGCAUGCUAUCAGACACGCCGAUGGCUCCAGAUCUGUGCACAGAAAGCUCGGAGUGACCUGGACGAACCUCACUGUCAAGGGCGUUGGCGCAGAUGCGUGCUUCAACGAAAACGUCCUUUCGCAAUUUCUGCCUGGCAGACUGAAGGGAAGACGCAAGACCGACAAGGCCUCAUUGAGAACGAUCAUCGACAACAGUCACGGCUGCGUCAAGCCUGGCGAGAUGCUGCUGGUUUUGGGUCGCCCUGGAGCCGGUUGCACCACUCUGCUCAAGCUUCUGGCCAACCGCCGUUUUGGCUUUGCUGAGAUCGAUGGCGAGGUCAACUACGGAUCACUUCGACACGAUGAAGCGAAAAAGUACCAAGGCCAGAUUGUGAUGAACACAGAAGAUGAGAUAUUCUUCCCGUCCCUCACCGUCGGUCAAACCAUCGACUUCGCGACACGUAUGAAGGUGCCAAAUUAUGUCACUUCCGGAUCUUCGUCAAAGGAAGAAGCUCGUGAGGCCUCGAGGGAUUUCAUUCUCAAGCAGCUCUCCAUCUCUCACACCAAGGGCACCAAAGUCGGCAACGAAUUCAUCCGCGGUGUCAGCGGUGGCGAGAGAAAGCGCGUCAGCAUCAUCGAAACAAUGGCGACUCGAGGAAGUGUUUACUGUUGGGACAACUCCACGCGUGGUCUCGAUGCUAGCACAGCCCUUCAAUACAUCAAGGCUGUUCGCGCCAUGACCGACAUUUUCGGGCUUGCUUCCAUCGUUACUCUAUAUCAAGCCGGGAAUGGUAUCUUCGAGCAGUUUGACAAGGCACUCGUUCUCGACGAGGGCAAACAGCUUUACUACGGACCAGCCACGAUGGCACGACCAUUUAUGGAAGACAUUGGCUUCUUCUGUCCUGACGGCGCCAACGUUGCUGAUUAUUUGACUGGUGUUACCGUGCCGACUGAGCGACAGAUUCGCGAGGGCUACGAGGCCAAGUUCCCCAGGACCGCGGACCAGAUUGUCACCCUCUACGAAUCGUCCGAAAUCAGGACACUGAUGGAGUCAGAGUAUGACUACCCAACGACGAUCGAGGCCAAAGACCAUACGAUAGAGUUUGAGCGAACAAUUGCGGAAGAGAAAACCUCGGACAUCCUUACUGCACGAGCACCCACCACUGUCGGGUUCGGGGCACAGCUCAAGGCUGCGACGCAACGCCAAUACCAAAUCAUCCGUGGCGACAUCAACGUUCUCUUCAUCAAACAAGCAUCAAAUAUCGUACAGGCUCUGACCUCGGGCUCGCUCUUCUACAAUGCGCCAAAUACAUCGACCGGCCUCUUCAUCAAGUCGGGAGCACUUUUCGUCUCUCUCUUAUUCAACGUUCUGCUCACACAAUCGGAAGUCAUUGACUCAUUUACCGGACGCCCUGUUCUUGCAAAGCACAAGUCAUUCGCACUGUACAAUCCUAUCGCAUGGUGUUUGGCCCAAAUCUUGACCGACAUCCCCAUCCUGAUCUUCCAGAUCUCUACUUUCUCACUGAUUCUCUACUUCAUGGUUGGCCUGACGUACGAGGCCGGUCACUUCUUCAUCUUCUGGUUUAUCAUCUUCGCUGCUACGAUGUGUACAACUGCAAUCUUCCGAGCCGUGGGUGCAGCAUCCCCAAACUUCGACGAGGCAAGUAAAUUCGCAGGAGUAGUCGUGAUGGCCCUGCUGCUAUACGUCGGCUACAUGAUACCGAAGACUGAGAUGCAUCCGUGGUUUGUUUGGAUCUACUGGAUCGACCCCAUUGCCUAUGCUUACAAUGCUUUACUGUCGAACGAAUUCAGUGGCAAGAUUAUACCUUGCGUCGGACCCAAUCUCGUACCCAAUGGCCCCGGCUACACUUCUGCGGCAAACCAGGGAUGUACUGGCGUGCGAGGUGCUUCCAUCGGUGCCACGUUUGUGACCGGCGAACAGUACCUCGACAGCUUAAGCUACAGUCGUUCCGACCUGUGGAGAAACAUCGGGAUCAUCUGGGCGUGGUGGGCGUUCUACGUUGGUCUGACUUUCCUAUUUACCUCCCGAUGGAAGGAGACCAAUGAACAAAAGGGACUUCUCCUUGUUCCUUCAGAACUUGCCAAGCAAGCAAGGCCGAUACUCAACGACGAGGAGUCGCAGCAGAACGAAAAGUCGACUGUUACCUCAUCUAAUGAGACCUCCACGGACGACGCCAACGACAAGCUCGAGGGCGAAUUGAUCAGGAAUACCUCUGUCUUCUCAUGGAAGAAGUUGACAUACACCGUCCAAACACCUGAGGGACCACGGGUACUGCUCAAUGAAGUCAAUGGUUGGGUGAAGCCAGGCAUGUUAGGCGCGCUAAUGGGCGCAUCUGGUGCAGGCAAAACAACUUUGCUGGAUGUGUUGGCUCAACGUAAGACUGACGGAAGCAUCAAUGGCUCAGUCUUGGUCGAUGGCCGCCCAUUAUCCAUCAGUUUCCAGCGAUCUACAGGCUACUGUGAACAGCUCGACGUACAUGAGCCGUUGACCACUGUGAGGGAAGCUCUCGAGUUCUCCGCUCUUUUACGUCAGUCAAGGACGACCCCCAGAGAGGACAAGUUGAGAUAUGUCGAUGUCAUCCUUGAUUUGCUUGAGAUGCACGACAUCGCCGACUGUCUGGUAGGAACCUCCGGAGGCGCUGGAUUGUCCAUCGAACAACGUAAGCGUCUUACAAUUGGUGUGGAACUGGUCGCCAAACCGAGCGUUUUGAUUUUUUUGGAUGAGCCAACCUCCGGACUGGAUGGGCAAGCUGCUUUCAACACAGUGCGCUUCCUCAAGAAGCUUGCUGCCGCGGGCCAGGCUAUUUUGGUUACGAUCCAUCAGCCCAGCUCUCAACUGUUCGCACAGUUCGACAACUUGCUUCUUCUGGCCAAGAGUGGUAAUACGGCCUACUUUGGAGAGAUUGGUGAAAACGCUUCCGUCAUUCGCGAUUACUUUGGGAAACAUGGAGCUCCCUGUCCAGAGGAGAAGAAUCCAGCCGAGCACAUGAUUGAUGUCAUCUCGGACACUUCAACAAACUGGAACGAUAUCUGGCUCUCAUCCCCCGAGCAUGAUGCCAUGCUUACCGAGCUGAAUCGCCUCCAAGACCCAUCAGACAGCACACCCAGAGAAGAUGGCGACGAGUCUUUGGAGUUUGCCAUGCCUCUGUGGAACCAGAUCAAGAUCGUUUCUGCCAGAGCUAAUACGACAAUGUAUCGCAACAUCGACUACGUUAACAACAAGUUUGCGUUCCACAUCAUCACUGGGUUGUUCUUUGGAUUCACUUUUUGGCAAAUCGGAGAUAGUGUUACCGAUCUUCAGCAACGUUUGUUCGCUUGCUUCAACGCCAUAUUUGUUGCGCCCGGCGUUAUAGCACAACUCCAGCCUCUCUUCAUCCAGAAGAGAGACAUUUACGACGCACGUGAGAAGAAGUCGAAGAUGUACUCAUGGUUCGCCUUUGUAACCUCUCUCAUCGUUUCCGAGUUCCCGUACCUGGUCAUCUGCGCUGUCCAGUUCUUCCUGUGCUUCUACUAUACCGUUGGCUUCCCGAACGCAGCGUCUUCAGCAGGAGCAUUCUUCUUUGUCAUGCUGAUGUACGAAUUUAUCUACACUGGUAUCGGACAGUUCAUUGCCGCUUAUGCAUCAAAUGCUGUCGCUGCAUCACUGGUCAAUCCUUUGAUCAUCUUCACGUUGGUUGGCUUCUGCGGCGCUGUCGUACCUUACGGGCAGAUCACUGAGUUCUGGAGAUACUGGCUCUACUACCUCAACCCCUUCAAUUACCUCAUCGGCGCCUUCCUUGUCUUCACAACCUGGGACGUUCAAGUGACCUGCAAGCGCUCAGAACUCGCCAUCUUCGACCCUCCAUCUGCUCAGACCUGCCUUGAGUAUCUUACCCCUUACAUGCAGGGCAUGGGAGCCAGAACCAAUCUCCUCAACCCCGAAGCCACCGGUGCCUGCGAAGUCUGUCAAUACAGAACUGGUGCCGAUUACCUGGCCACUUUGAACUUGACGGAAAAGUACUUUGGCUGGAGAGAUGCAGGAAUUGUGGUCUUGUUUGUGUUUAGUGGCUAUGGAUUGGUGUAUCUGUUGAUGAAGUUGAGGACCAAGAAGUCGAAGACUGCUGAGUAG